UCUUCCCUUCUGCGUCAUUUAAUCGGAUUCAGUCGAAUUCGCGUUCAACUCGAGUUCCGUAUGUGAACUAUCGUCAACUAUUUAUAUUCCAAUAAUAGUAUUUAAUAACAAAUCGAAGAAUUCAUACGAAGAAAUUUUAAAUAUGGGUCGUUACAGAAGUCGUAGUCGCGAUAGAGACAGGCGACGUAGAUCGCGUACACGCUCGCGGAGUCGUUCACCACGAGAUAGGAGAAGCUGGGGUGGCAGCGGAGGACGCGACAGACCCUCCAGCAGUCGCAGCAGUCGUGGGCAACCUGGUGCGAAUUUAAGGAAACCACGAUGGGAUCUUAGCCGGUUGGAACCCUUCAAGAAGGACUUUUACAUCCCUCAUGACGCAGUUCAAAACCGGGAUCCACGCGUUGUUGAACAAUACAGAGUGGAAAAGGAGAUCACACUAAGGGGUAAAAGUAUACCCAAUCCUGUUUUCGAUUUUGACGAGGCAGGUUUCCCGGAUUAUGUCUUGAAAGAGAUCAAAAGACAAGGUUUUAGCGAACCUACGUCAAUCCAAGCCCAAGGAUGGCCUAUUGCGUUAAGCGGUCGGGAUAUGGUGGGCAUUGCAUCAACAGGGUCUGGGAAAACUUUAUCUUAUAUAUUGCCUGCAAUAGUUCAUAUCAACAGCCAGCCGAAAUUGAGUCGUAAAGACGGACCUGUUGCAUUAGUAUUAGCGCCUACGCGAGAACUCGCCCAGCAAAUUCAACAAGUCGCUGAUGAUUUCGGUCAUUCGUCAGGGAUCAGAAAUACUUGCCUGUAUGGUGGCGCGCCAAAAGGUGCCCAAGCUAGAGAUCUGGAUGGUGGCGUGGAAAUAGUCAUUGCUACCCCUGGUAGACUGCUAGAUUUUCUCGAAUCCGGAAAGACAAAUCUGAAAAGAUGUACAUAUUUGGUGUUAGACGAAGCUGACAGAAUGUUGGACAUGGGAUUUGAGCCUCAAAUUAGGAAGAUUAUAGAACAAAUUAGACCAGACAGACAGACAUUGAUGUGGUCGGCCACGUGGCCUAAAGAAGUGAAAAAUUUAGCUGAAGAUUUCCUUAAAGAUUAUGCUCAAAUCAAUGUUGGUUCUUUGCAACUCGCAGCAAAUCAUAAUAUAUUGCAAAUAAUUGAUGUAUGUCAGGACUAUGAAAAAGAAACUAAAUUAAGUACUCUAUUGAAAGAAAUAAUGGCAGAAACUGAGAAUAAAACCAUAGUAUUUAUCGAAACAAAGCGUAGAGUGGACGAGAUAACGAGGAAAAUGAAACGUGACGGUUGGCCAGCAGUUUGUAUUCAUGGUGACAAGACGCAGCAAGAAAGAGAUUGGGUUUUACAAGAUUUCAGAUCUGGCAAAGCACCAAUCCUUGUUGCUACCGAUGUUGCCGCACGCGGUCUUGACGUUGAAGACGUCAAGUUUGUCAUCAAUUUUGACUACCCCUCCUGUUCUGAGGAUUAUGUCCAUCGUAUUGGUCGUACCGGGCGUCGACAGAAAACCGGCACGGCGUACACCUUCUUCACGCCUAACAACGCCAACAAGGCUAACGAUCUCAUACAAGUAUUGAAGGAGGCAAAUCAAGUAAUAAAUCCAAAAUUAUUGGAACUCGCGGACAACAAGGCCGGUGGUUAUGGUAGACACAGAGGAGGCAGAAAUCGAUGGCGGUCGCGUGGCGGCGGUGGAGGCGCUGGCGGCGGCCGUAAUGGAAAAGAUCGCAGCUACUCGCGAAGUAGAAGUCGAAGUCACAGCAGAGAACGCAACGGCCGUGGCAGUCGGCGAAGCUACAGUCGUAGCUACUCGCGCAGUCGUAGCCCCGUCAGCAACCGUAACGAGGUGAUCGGCAAGAGUUACUGGAGUAGCGAAAGAUGAUCUUCCAGCGGCAGAUAAAGCAUGUAUUACAACGCAGGUAAUUUUUGUUCACACUCGACAAGAAUCUUGUAUGUCGUAAAAAAAAAAAAAAAAAACCGUUGAAAUUGUCGCGUUUCAACGAGACCAUAUGUUUCGCCCGUGAUAAAUUAUUUAUACCGAACUCGUUGGGAUGCGCUAUGAAACGUUACGAAAUGUAUAACUCGAUCUCGGCAAUUUUCAAUAUGGACGCAGCAUUGUGCAUUCCACCGAAUUCGUUGAUUAGAUUUGUCGUGUAAUAUAAUCAACGGUUUACCGACCACGUUUACACAAAUCUCUUAGCUUCAGUAUACUGAUCGUCGCUAUCUUAUAUAAGACAAAUCUGUACGCGGAUAUGCUUGUAGGAACAUUUUAAGUGUAUUUGGACGGUUAAACGAGCCAAACUUCCUCUAAAAUUAACUCACCAGGACCGAACUGAUCCUUUAUCGUAGACUUUUGCAUUUUUAUUCGAAUGAUAUAUGCUGCAAUAAAAAUAUCAUUUUAAUCAAUAAAUGUAAUGAUAUUUUCAUUCGCAUGUUUCGCACGUCGUUAAUAAGAGUGAGAAAGCAAUACAAGAGUACUAAUUAUACAAAAUUUUAGCUGAUUAGAAACAGAAAGACUUGAUUAUUAUAUUUGAUAGGAUUAACUAUGUAACUAAUCUGCAAUAAAAAGGACAGUCAAUUUUAACGGAGUCAAUUUUAGAGGGACUUGAUUGCUAUUUACUCAAUGAUAGAAGGAUGGGAUUGAUAUCUUGAUAUUUUUUACUACCUUUCGCAUCUAAUUUUCCCUUUCAAGUAUUAUCGGCAUACACGAAUUUAGAUAAUACAAAUACAUCACAGUGCAAACUACCAUUUAUAUGUUUUUACAAUACAAUGAUAUUUCUCACGCAUUAGAUUCCAGUAGUUUAAAAAAAAAAAAAAAAAAAUUUAAUUUGAUGUAAGCAAACGGGUAAAUCUAUUUAGUCAUUAUGCGAAACUGAACUUCCAGAGUGUAGCAAUGUUUAGUAUAUAUUUGUAGUUCGUAAUAAAUUAUAGAUGUUUUUAGCGCGCUUAUUUGUAACUCAUCUGUCUGUAUAUUUAGACAAUUGUAACAAAUACUAGGUAAUAAUAAAACUCGAUGUACAGUAUUUCACCAACAUGACAAAAAAAGAAAUAAAUUCAUAAUGUCUACAGUA